CAGGUUUUUGAAUUUUGAUUUAGGGAUUAUUCGUUCCAGUAAUUAAUUGUGUUUUCCAAUUUAGGAUUUUUCAAUUUGGGGAUCUCUAAUUUAGGAAUUUGGGGCUUUAUGAUUUAGAGAAAUUGAUCUUGUUAAAUUUGGUUGGUACGAGAAAUUGAAAUCUUCAGGGUUUUGGUUGAUCUUGUUAAAUUCUCAUCUUCAGGGAUCUUUAGCUGGUUGUUCUAUUUUUUGCUCUGAUUUAUAAGCAAGAUGGCUUGCUCUGUUUCCACUGCCAUGAAGAGAACUAGUGAAUGGUUUGCACUCUAUUUCUAAUUUAAUUAAUAAUAUUUUUACUUGUAUUGCUAAUUAAUGAAAGAUUAGUUUGGCCAUUUUGCUGAAUUCUGUUUAGGGAAAGAUAAUGAAGGACUUAAUAUUUUCCUUAGCCUGUCUUAUUCUCAAUUGCAUUAGGAUAACGGUCAUUUGGUUGUAUAAAGAGUCUUUGUUCACACAUUUUAGUUAAACUUUUAUGCAGACUGACAGAGCAGUGAUGGUCGAGGAGAUUGUGGAUUAUGUGAAGUUCCUGAGACUUCAAGUGAAGGUGUUGAGCAUGAGUAGAUUGGGAGGGGCUGGUGCUGUGGCACCUUAUGUGACAGAUACCCCUCUAUCAUCAAUAGAGGAUAUUAUUCAUCAAGCAAUGGAAAAUCAAGAAACGUUAUUGACAAUGAGGAAGUCUUCAUUUGAGGUAGAAUUGGAAGCGAAGCCUAAAUUGGUGGAAGAACUAGACAUCAAGCAACGAGAGAAAUUGUCACAUUUAAUGUUUUAGUGUAUGAUUCAAAAAUUUGUAAUGAAAUUAUCAAUUUUAUGCAAUUCAAAAAUUUGUGUAUUUGAAUUUA